AUUUCAGCAGAAGUCAAUAUCAAAAUCAGACGAAUUUUCAAGUGAGUAAUAACAGACUGUUUGACAGUAAUUGGCUAAUUGCAUAAAGAUUAAAUUGGGGUUUUGAUUUAAUUAACAUAAAUAGAGCUGAUCCAUGCAAGCCAAAUACAUCUGAUUAAAUGGCUUUCUUUCAAUGGAGAAGAUUCAAUUUUUUUGAGCUACUUAAGGAAACAGACAGUGGUAACUUGGAAAGGUCAUUCAAGGAUGUGACAAUCACCUCUAGUUCCAGUGGAAGAGGACACAUCGUUCUUGGGGAUAACUUGGGUCUGGUUCAUCUCUUUGACAGGCAAUAUCAAAGGGAAUCCUUUAAAGCUUAUAAUGUAAAUACCAGUCAUGUGCUUCAACUGAAACAAUCACCAUUCCUUGGCACAGUUGGUGAAGAUGAUCCAGGAAUCAAUCCAGUAAUCAAAAUUUGGAAUUUGGAAAAGAAAGAUAUUCAUGGUUGCCCAGUAUGUGUUCAUCUAGUUCGUGCUCUACCGGGCAAUCGACCAGUUCCAGUCACAGCAUUCACGAUUGAUGAACAAAUGCAUUUGAUGGCAGCUGGUUUUGCGGAUGGCUCAGUAGUCCUCUACAGAGGAGACUUAAGUCGUGAACGUCACAGCAAACAGAAAUUUCUUCAGCCUGGAACAAGUCUUAUAGCUGGACUUUCAUUGCGAACUAAUCAGAAGUUAUCGCACUUGUACGUUGCAACGACAACAGCUGUCCUAACCUACACCAUCGCUUCCAAGGACAAGGAGAAAUAUGCAGAACUCGAUCGUGUGGGCUGUUCCCUAGGAUGUGUUGCUUUUGCUGACUCAAAACAAGGGCAACAUUUCAUGAUUGCUCGAAACGAUGCUGUUUACUGUUAUUCAGUGGAAGGAAGAGGGCCCUGUUAUGCAUUUGAAGGAGAGAAACUUGACCUGCAUUGGUUUCGUGGCUAUUUGGUCAUCGUAUCUAAAGUUGUUGGAAAAGGGGAUGUAGACAGCGACAAGACAACUGUUACCAUCUUUGACGUCAACAACAAGUUUAUUGCAUUUACAGCACCUAUUGCUAAUGCUUAUCGAGUCAUUUCGGAAUGGGGAUCACUGCUUGUUCUUACCAAGGAUAAAAAGGUUCACCAGUUAAUGGAAAAAGACUUGCACACCAAGUUAGACAUUCUGUUCAAAAAGAAUCUUUAUGAUGUUGCCAUCAGAGUUGCCAAGAGCCAACAAUAUGAUAUUGAAGGCCUUGUGGAGAUCUUUAAAUUAUAUGGUGAUCACUUAUACGCCAAGGGGAAUCACUCCGGAGCAAUGGAACAGUAUUUGAAAACGAUAGGUCGCUUGGAGCCAUCGUACGUCAUUAAAAAGUUCUUGGACGCUCAGCGCAUUCAUCAGUUGACAGCCUACCUUCAAGAGUUACAUAAACAAGGCCUCGCUAGUGAAGAUCACACGACGCUACUUUUAAAUUGCUACACAAAGCUGCGGGAUACGGAACGAUUAAACCAAUUCUUGAAUACUAAAGAUCAACGAAGUGAAUUCGACGUCGAAACUGCUAUUCGGGUCUGUCGACAGGCUGGUUAUUUCGAACAGGCGUUGCGUCUUUCCCAAGACCGAGAAAAGCACGAGUGGCAUCUUAAAAUACUAUUAGAAGACCUGUCUGAUUACCGACAAGCGCUGGAAUACAUAAAAAAAUUACCACCAGAUUUAGCCAAAGAAAAUCUGCUAGAGUAUGGCAAUGCACUUCUCGAAGAGCUCCCCGAUGACACUACAAAACUAUUACUGGAGUUGUGUUGCAAUAAGAGCAGCAACAGCGAAAUCUGUGACCCCCAAGAAUUUUUAUUGCUUUUCAUCAAUCACAACGAAAAAUUGGUUGAAUUUCUGGAAAACGUACUGCAGGUUCAUCCCAAUUCACAAAGUUCUCUUCAUUUUGCACUCCUCGAACAAUACCUUCUAAUGUGGACUAAGAAUAUUGCCGACCCGGAAUUGGAGAAAAAGAUCACACUUCUACUGCAGCACUCUUCUGUUUUGAGUGCGGCAGAUCGAGCUCUCUUCCUUUGCCAAACUCACAAGUUCCGACCAGGGAUUCUUUUCAUAUUUGAAAAAACUAAACUCUAUGGAGAAAUUCUCCAUUUCUACGCAAGCGAAAAUAACUUUGAAAAUGUUAUUGCAACCUGUAGAAGAUUUGGUCAGCAAGAGCCAUCAUUAUGGGUAAAAGCAUUUACAUUAUCAACUUCAAACGACAAAGUCACACCUGGUUGCUUGGCAGAAAUUUUGGCAUCUAUAGAGAAACUUAAACUUCUACCUGCCCUCAGGGUGAUUGAAAUGCUUUGUCGCUCCCCUAGCGCUACUUUGGGUCUCGCCCGAGAUUACUUGAUUCGUACUCUGCAAUCGGAUCAGUCGAACAUUAGUGAAGACGAGAGGCUCAUUCAGCAGUAUCGCCAAGAAACUGAAGCUGUGCGUGAAAAAAUUAAGGACAUAAAAACAAGCGCUCUAGUGUUUCAAGGUUCUAAAUGUAACGUUUGCAAUCAGCCAUUGGAACUACCUUCGGUCCAUUUCCUUUGUUUGCACUCAUUCCAUCAGCAUUGCUUCGAUAGUUAUGCCGACAACGAAAACGAAUGCCCAGCAUGUCACACAGAAAAUAAAAGGAUUUUGGAUAUCGUUCGGGCGCAGGAACAAAGCAAAGAUCUUCACGAAGCCUUUCAUGGGCAAUUGGAAAAAGCAGAUGACCCUUUCACCGUACUUGCCGAUUACUUUGGUCGUGGGGUCUUCAAUAGUUUGCCAUCCUGGGAGUCAGCCAUUUCCGGUCACCAAGGAGUUCGCAGUGAAUUGCCAUCCGUGUCCUGGGGUCCUCAGAAUGCUGGUCCCGGUUCUGAAGCAAAGCUGCGUAAGAAUGAAGGAAAGAACACUAUAAGUUCUACAGGAUUCGCAAAUGAAGGUCGUAUGAGAUUGCAGGAAAGUGCGUCGGUUCGGCCUACUAGAGAUGUGACUGAAGGUCGAUUGCGAAAUGCUGAAGUCAUUGGAGCAGCGGAACGAGUUGCAUCGAGCGCAGCGGCAACCACAACCUCCGAAGCAAGACACCGACUUCAGGAAGGAACCACAAAGAAAAAUUAUCAAACUGCGUCCGUUGAAAUUCCCCGUCAAACGGUGGCUUCGCAGUCAGCCACGAGUGUACCAAACUAUGUAGGAACGAGAGCAGUUCCUGCAGUAUCUGACCUCAGUACGUCACUCAGAAAACAGGAGGUUAACAAAUUACCUCCAAGUAAAACUGGCGCGAAUAAAAUUUCAGUUGGACCGGAAAAUCCGUUUAAGGAUGAUAAUUAUGACGAAACGAAAAAUCCUUUUGCGGAUGAGGAACCUACCAAUCCUUUCGGUGACGACGACCACGACGAUUAUAAUGACAGUCUAAAUCCUUUUGCUGAAUGAUAGGCUUA